UUUCUUAGGACAAGGACAAAUACAAGUUCACCACCAACGAUCACAACAGCCUCGACUCAAGCGCAGACUACAUCUCUUCUAUUUUCAAACACACUCUCUGAAGCAGUACAAUGUCUUCCACCACGAAAAAAACAUCGACACGGGAGGACAUCGAGGUUCUCUUUGAUCAUGAGUUAACUAAUGCACCUGGAAAAUCGAUUAUCGGACUUCAUUUAGAUUAUCCCCCAAACGGAUUUACUCCCCCACAUCGACACGGCGGAGCGACCGUAGUUGCCUACGUCAUGGCCGGCGAGCUUUUGAGUGGCAUGAAUGACAACCCACCGAAGGUAUACAAGCCUGGAGAGAUAUUCAUCGAGUUGCCUGGGUGUCAUCAUACUGUGGGAGAGAACAAUCUUCAAACUUCCUCCACGCAGGUCAUCGCCAUCAUGGUGGUGGAUACUGAAGUGGUCAAGACUGGUGGUUACGCAGCCUUGACCGUUCUUGACGAGGGUUGGUAA